GUGGUAGGAUAUCGCUUGCUUCAUUACGAUAUUAUUCAUUGUGCGUCGAUUUCUGUUUGUCAAGCAUUUUUUUUUUUUUUUUGUGUUUUAUGUAGUUGCAACAGGCGAUAGUGGAAUAGGAAAAUAACAAAAUUUAACCUACUCUGAAGACUAUUCCUGCAAUAAGUUCCAUAGAAUGAACGACCCAGUUUUAUACGCCAAAUCGAAUUCCUUCCAGAAGGUGACCACACAAAAGAUUCUAAGCGAAUAUUCGCAUCUGUUUCAAUGGCGCGAAGACGGUUCAAUGUUGGACAUUGGUUGUGGAACAGGCGAUGCAACCAUCGAAUCAAUUUUACCACUGCUCCCAACAAAAUCUAAUCGUUUAAUCGGUUGCGAUAUCUCUAACGAAAUGAUUGACUAUGCACGGAAACAUAACAGCCAUCCGAAUGUAGCGUUCCAACAGCUUGAUAUCGGUGGCAAUAUCGAUGAUUUUCUAACGAAAUUUGGUCCAUUUGAUCAUGCGGCAUCGUUCUUUUGUUUGCAUUGGGUACAAAAUCAAAAUGCAGCCAUGGAAAACAUUAGUAAAUUAUUAACAGCAGAUGGUGACUGCCUGUUGGUGUUCAUAACGUGGUCACAUAACUUCCAUGUUUUCUUAGAGAUGUCAAAAUCACCUAAAUGGUCACAGUACAUGAAAGAUGUCUCACAAUUCAUAUCACCGUAUCAAGAAUCUAUUAGUCCAGCAGAUGAUUUACGUGUAAUGUUACAGACCGUUGGUUUUACUGACUGUGUUAUUCAAGCACGAGAAUCGAGACACUUGUACGAUAAUUACGACGAAUUUGCUAACUUUGUCAGUUCGAUCAAUCCAUUUGUGAACAGAAUACCGGCUAGUGAGCAACAAUAUUUUGUCGCUGACCUUGCGAGACGUACAAUGAUAAAGAACAAGGCAACUUAUGGCAUUGAAUAUGUGGAUGCACCGAAAAUCUUAGUCGCUUAUGCCAAAAAAUAAAUGUCGAUUUGCGAGUUAAUGGAUAAUCAAAUCGAAUCAUUUUUUUCACUUAAAUUGACGAUUACGUAUGUAAGAACAAAUUGAAGACAAAUGCGAACUCGAUAAUAAAAUUGUAUAAAGAUUCUGC